UGACGACAAAAGAAUUAUGCUUAUGAUCCUUUAAAAUGCGUUGUUACGUAUGUACAUUAAUAUUGAUGAUUAUUUAAGACACGCCUGGAAGAAACACAAUUAAAAUUAAAAUCAGGCAUGGCAUGUCCUGCCGAGGUGAACUGUUCAUCAGAUACUUGGAUAGUCUUCAACGGUCUUUGCUCAAGGCAGUAGACCUCUGUGCUUGACUCUAUAAAAAUGUUAUCGUCAUUUGAACAUAAGGACUGGAUCCGACCCCUUCGACAGGGCAUCUGUGAUAGUCCACCAAGCGAACUAGGGACUUCUCACCGCUUUCCAUAAGCUACGGACCCGAAAAAUGAGAUAAAAAAAAGUUUAACUCCUCGCCUCGAGAAUAAGCCCCAUCGAGUUAUCCAUCGAACCAAGAGCCAUGUGGCCCAAAGUCGAAAAGACAAUCGCAUAGCUAUCCAGCCACGGCGAAGUGCAAUCGUAUCCUGCCUGGACCCCAUCACCAUACUCCAUUGUUUCCCCUAGAAGCCUCCUCCCACCCGGUACCCAGAGAGAACCCAGAAGGACCAAUAGCUUCGAAUGAAGUACCCCAAGCGCGGACUCAUAUCAUCGUCCUGGUCCGUCCCGUCGAAACGAGACGGUGGUCUUGAAGCAAACCAAGCGAAACCUACUCCAGCAGGAACCAUGGAAUAUCGGAAAGGAGUGCGGACGGCUCACGCGGCUAGGGUCGAGUCGAUGAUAGGAGGCAAGGAAAGACAUCAGCCGCUAUCAAUUGCUUUUAUGGCGGCGCGUUUCCGCAUUGCCUGACACAGUAUGUUGUGCAGGGUGCCCGGGGACUUUCUCCCAAAGCUAUAUGGUAUGGACGAUCUCGAGUUGAGAGUCCUGUGCGUAAGCUUUGAAUGCGAUUCUUCG